AUUGCCAUUGUUGUGGGCGUCUGCCCGUUCCCUAAUCGUAAGUUAUAAAAGGCUUGCCACGAUGUGCUGCGACGUAACUAGUAUUAAUUGGCUCAUCUUAUCGAAAAUAAUGGAUCCGCCUAUGCCGAUCGUGAGGCCAAAAAGGACUAUUAUGAAAAAAUUGAACUUCACGUUUUCGAAUUCGGCAUUAUACGGUAAAAGGAGAGGUUCAGUAGCUGCUGCGAUUAAUAAGGUCGUCAAAGCAGCUGGUAAGAACAACUCAACAACAUCGGUGCCAGGUGGUGCAUUAACAGUGAGAGCGGAGAAUGGAUUGGGGCCAACCACCAACAACACAGAGAAAACCUCAUCAACAAGAGUACCAGUUUACGUUCCACAAAUUCAAGGACCAGCUCAUGCAGCAUCAUUAUCUCAAUUAAUCCAAGGUGCUGCUUUAACAGUCAGACCGGGGAAUGAAAUGGAAAAUGGAUUGGGGCCAUCCACCAACAACACAAGGAGAACCUCAUCAACAUCAUUACCAGUUUCUGAUCAAAGAAGGACUAUCCUUUCAGAAGCCGGACUAAAUCGUAUAGUGGCAAGAACCAAACCUAUGACUGAACGUUUUAAUGGCGCUGAUUUAAUGUCCAACGGUGGUGUCGACAACUCACACAACCCACUUCAUUCUGAAUUAGGUGAUGCUUCCUUAACCUUUUCAUCGGCUGCAUUUCUUAGUUCUACUCCGUUAAGAGACAGACUUAGCACACCACCUCGCACAGCAGCACCAAUUACCGGAAAUCUCGGUCAAUUACCGCAGGAAAUUAUUAACUUCAUGGCUGAGUCUAACGCUAAAAAAGAGCGUUUGAUGAGCAUUGUUACGACGCUUGCCACACAGAAAACAACACAGGCAGUGCCACAGGACGAGGCCGAUGAUAUGAUAGAUUCCUUGGAGCUUCCAUUCAACGAUUUUGAGGAAUUUCUAUCUUUUGACGAGAAACUUAAAAACAGUUCUGGGUUUCGUAAGAAAUUUGUUAAUUACUUAGCCUGCAUGGGGGGAAGCUCGUUGAAAGAGAGCUAUAAGUUCAUUUUUUUCCACACCAUAGACAAAUACGUUUCCCUACGUUACUCGCGUCGAGGAAUGGGAAGACUAAAAAAGCUGCCUUUUGAAAAGACGAAAUUUUAUAAAUGUUUGAAACGUGCAUUGGGGAUAAGACAUCCUGAUAAAAACGGGUUCCAGUUAAAGCCCAUGCAAGAAGCGAUCACGAUCUUCCUUAAAGACGCAAAAGACCGUAAAGGAGGUCGACAAAUGCGUAAUCGAAACAAGGAAAACGUGGCUGAAAAUUCCUCGUCGUCUUCGUCAUCGUCUUCAAGCGAAGAUGAUGACUAAAUCGUUUAUAUGUUCAGUCGUUUAUAUGUUCAGUGUUAACGAGGAGAGUGAAAGAUUUCCUAUCAUAGAAAUCUUUCUCUCUCCUCGUCGUUAUUUUUGUGUUUUUUUUAUUAGUCAUGGCUUAAGAAGUCAAAAACUUUUUUUCUCAUUUAUCUUCAUUGAAUUUUGUGCAGUUUACUGUUCUACCGAUUAAUACAGAAUCAUUUUGACACAA